AUGGUGCUCUUCCCACCGCCGGAAGGAUACGUGGUGAACUUUGACAACCCAGCAAGACAAGGCGUGCCAGAUGCUUAUCUCGUGGCUGGGUUUGGGUUGGCCAUCAGUUUCCUCUUCUUCAUGCAGAGGAUGUAUGUCAAGAUCUUUCUUACAGGGGGUCUACAGUUGGAUGAUUUGGCUUUAUGUCUUCGUGAGUUUCACCAAGUGCCCUUUCAAGUUUAUAAUGCUAACUAUCUAUUAGACAUGUUUGCUUCGGGAGCUGGAGGUGUUCACGUUUGGGAAAUACCCAUAACGACAUUUAACAUAUAUCUCAUGGACGUCUACAUAGCUGCCAUAAUAUAUGUCCUCUGCGGCUCCCUCGCCAAAAUCGCCCUUCUCAUCUUCUAUCUCCGCCUGUCUCCUCAAAGAUGGUUCAAGAUUGCCAUCUACUCAUCCAUGUUCUUCAUCAGCGGAUACACAAUUGGUUUGUUCUUCGCAGUCAUGUUUGCAUGCCAUCCUAUCAACAAGAACUGGGACAUUACCGUUACAGGAGGUAGUUGCGUCAACCAGCCAGUCUUGUACUUUGCUACAGCAGCCGUCAACAUCGCCAGCGACGUUAUCCUUUUUGUACUGCCGCUUCCUAUGGUGUUUAAACUUCAGCUACCAUUCAAACAAAAGAUUGGACUGAUGGGAAUUUUUACAAUUGGUUCUUUGACUGUUAUCACAUCCAUCGUGAGGAUAUCACUUCUGCCAGGGAUGUUGAAGAGUAUGGACUUGUCUUGGAACAUUGCAUACCCGAGUAUAUGGAUUAUCGUCGAGUCAAACCUCAUCGUCACCUGUGCUACUAUGCCGACACUCCGCAAAUUCUUCAAGCACGUCGCUCCCAAGCUCAUCGGCGAGUCUCGCUACGGCAGCAAAACAGGUCGAUCUUCGAAAUACGGCAAAUCAGACACGGCAGGCUCCAAACUUGCCUCCUCUUCUCAAGGCCGACGCAAACGAACAAACUAUUCUCAAUUCGACCAAGAAAACGGUUCGCCUACUGAAGACUUUGUUAUGACACCCAUGAAGGGCGCGAGACAUGAGACGAGAACGAGUGUAGGGACCAGGGAUGAUACACAAACUGCUGGAUGGAUGGACUCGGAUUCAGAAAAGGGCAUCGUUGGUGGUACGAUCAAGCCGGCCAUCAUACAGACCAAGACUGUGACGGUGCAGUAUGAGAAUUGA